UCAACUACUUGUGUUUGGAACUACUCAAAAUGUGGGAUUAACUGCCGGUUAGAGCUUCAUUUUUAUUCAAUUUAUUGAUUCCUCAUUUCUCAUAGUUCAUUGGGAUGAUCAAAGUACCCACACAAAGAGGAGGAAGAUGCCACUCCACAAAAACUCCACCAGCCAGCCAUGAGCCAACCACCACCUACAACGACUAAGUAAAUUGGAAUAUCAAAAUCAAACAAAUUAGAAAUCCUUAAUUUGGGAGCAUUUGAUUACAAGAAAGCUAAUGAAGGAAUCCUCGAGAGUGACCAAGUUUUCAAUUUAAUCACUAAAAUUUACUUUUUUAUUCAAUCUACUUUCAUUAUGAACAUAUUUAUAAUCGGAUGCGAUAAGAUGGUUCUUCUUUAGGAUUGGCUUAUAAAACUUCUGGCACGGCGGAACACUCGACGCUAGAGUAAUCUAUGCCAUAUUUACUGAAAAAAACUCGAACGUUCUUCAACAAAAGAGUACAUGUACCCGAAACCGACAUAGAUGGGUAGAGAAUAUCAAUAUGAGUGCUACAUGAAGAGCAUAAGCCAGAUGAAGAAACGAGAAGUUAGGCAAGUUGUUGGGUUUCACCCGAUUCGACCCACAAGUUGUACUUCUUGCCUAACUUCUUGUCGUAUGAAAUUUUUUUUCUUUUCUUUUGGGAGGAUACUCCGAAUAGUGGGUACCUCGUAGGAUCUUGACCCGCCUACCGGAGUCUUGUAUGGAUAUGCAAAAAGGGGUGUGUAAGAACAUCAUAUUGUUCAUUGUUAUAUAGUAAAACAUGGUUCGAAAAGUCAGUACAAAUCGAACAUAAUCAAAUGACACACAUGAUGAUCUAUAAUGUCUUAACAUUAAUCGCUACUUUAUUAUUUCCAAAAUUUUAUCCUUAAAUUUGGGUUAGUGAUAUUUGAUAAAUAUAAUCUUUUUUAUGCUACUCUCCAUAAAUUAUCGAUGUUGUUGUGAUAUUUGUCUUUAAUUAUUUUAUGACGGGAAGCUGUUAUAUAUAGGAUCCAAAUGAGUAUUAUUGUGAAACAAUAAAGCAUGUAAUAAGCCGUAUUUUUGGAACCAUACCAUAGCGACGGUCUGAUCCUAAAAUACCUAUCAAUAGGUGUUUUUUAGCGAUACAAAACAAUUGAAUCGCAAUUUUAGUUUUAGCUUUUCGAGUACAAUUUCACAAUACAACCUCUUAUCAAUAUUUAAUGUUUUCCCUUAAAUUAUGAAGUAAAUUAUUAUGAAUAUUUUUUUUUUUUUUUUGCGAAAAAUUAUUAUGAAUAUUAAAACGCCUUCUUCUGUAAGAAAGAUUCGCCGAUACUAAUCAUCUAAAAGAUAACAGCUCUCAACGAUACCGUUUUGUCCGUAUCCCUCCCAGCCCAACACUUGUCCUCAUGCAACGAUGGAAAUGGUACACAAAGACGGCCAGACGAGACGGGCAAUUCCCAAUUUCCGCCUCUCUUUCUCCCUCAUCACCACUUUCCUUCCGCCCUCACACUCUGUUAACUGACUAAGCAAAGCAGCCGAAUGCCUUGAAAAUGAUUUUAAUUUCAGUAUUACAACAAAUAUUAUUCUACCCGACCCACACCAUCCCCCGGCAGCCACACAAUCGCUCACAUUAUAUUUAAAUUUCCUUCCAUUACCACUUCCCAAGCUCUGUUCUUAGCUCUGAGAUAGUUUGUUCCCCCGCUCAAACUCCCCUUCUUUUCCUGCAAAAAAUCGCUUCUUCUGCCGGGGUUUCUGAGCUGGGAAUUCAGGGUUAUCAAAAGGGUCGCUCUUCAAUUCGUCGACUAUGGCUCUCAAUUUGUUGUCUCCUCCUGAUGUAAAGUCCGUUUCUUUCUUGGAUUCCACCAAAUCGUUCCACACCCACGCCUUAUCCAAGCUCCCAGGUGGGUUCAGUUUGAAGAGAAAGGAGAAUGGUGGGAGAGGAAUCCAAUGUUCAGUUCACCAGUCCCAGCCUCCUCCAGCUUGGCCUGGAACGGCUCUUCCUGAGCCAGGCCGCAAGACUUGGGAUGGUCCCAAACCGAUCUCCAUCGUUGGUUCCACUGGCUCCAUUGGCACCCAGACAUUGGAUAUAGUGGCAGAAAACCCUGAUAAAUUUAGAGUUGUGGCCCUGGCAGCUGGUUCAAAUGUCACACUCCUGGCCGAACAGAUAAAACAAUUCAAGCCCCAAUUGGUUUCUGUGAGAGACGAGUCAUUGGUUGAAGAGUUAAAGGAGGCUUUGGCUGGUCUUGAUGUAAAACCUGAGAUCAUCCCUGGGGAGCAAGGUAUUAUCGAGGUUGCUCGCCACCCAGAUGCUGUUAGUGUUGUGACAGGAAUAGUGGGAUGUGCUGGUCUCAAGCCUACAGUGGCUGCAAUUGAAGCUGGGAAAGACAUAGCCUUGGCCAACAAGGAGACCUUAAUUGCUGGAGGCCCUUUUGUCCUUCCCCUUGCUCACAAGCACAAUGUCAAAAUUCUACCUGCUGAUUCUGAGCAUUCUGCGAUAUUUCAGUGUAUUCAGGGCCUGCCGGAAGGGGCACUCCGACGGAUUAUUCUCACUGCUUCUGGUGGUGCUUUCAGGGAUCUCCCUGUUGAGAAAUUGAAGGAUGUUCAGGUUGCUGAUGCCUUGAAGCACCCAAACUGGAGUAUGGGAAAGAAGAUCACUGUGGACUCUGCUACCCUCUUCAAUAAGGGACUUGAGGUGAUUGAAGCCCAUUAUCUAUUCGGAGCUGAGUAUGAUGAUAUCGACAUCGUCAUCCACCCACAGUCGAUUAUACAUUCGAUGAUUGAAACUCAGGAUUCUUCUGUGCUUGCACAACUAGGGUGGCCUGAUAUGCGCAUUCCAAUUCUCUACACAAUGUCCUGGCCUGAGAGAAUCUACUGUUCCGAAGUAACUUGGCCUCGCCUUGAUCUUUGCAAGCUGGGUUCACUGACAUUCAAAGCUCCCGACAACGUGAAGUACCCAUCCAUGAAUCUUGCUUAUUCAGCUGGACGAGCUGGAGGUACCAUGACAGGUGUCCUGAGUGCUGCCAAUGAGAAAGCUGUAGAGUUGUUCAUUGAUGAGAAGAUUAGGUAUCUGGAUAUCUUCAAGGUUGUGGAGUUGACGUGCGCCAAGCAUCAGGAGGAGUUAGUGACAUCACCAUCACUGGAGGAGAUCAUACAUUACGACUUGUGGGCAAGGGAUUAUGCUGCUAGUCUGCAACAGUCUUCUGGGUUGACUCCAGUUCUUGUGUGAUGCUUUUGCUGGUUGAUUUCCUGAGGGUGCCAUUGGCGGAUCGUGAAGGUGUUUCUUUCCUUUUUUCCUUGCCAGAAGCUUGGCAACGGUGCACUGUGGAAGGGAGGGUAGGCAGCUGUGUUAUGUAGAGUAGAAGAAGGGCUUGGGAUGCAUUACCGUUUCUGUAUUUUGUUUUUGGCAUAACAUGCAUCCUCUGAAACAAUGGGGAAGCUUGAAUGUAACAUUCUGAUUUCUGAUUAUCAAAUGGAAAGGGGGGGAAAAGAUUUGGAGCUCGCAAAUGUAAAGAAAAAUUUACAAUUGAGAAUCAACAUGCCAUAUGCCAUUUGUACGGCACGGAUCCUGUUAGAGUGAAAAGCCCAUUACUCAUGUGCGCUCAGGGGGCCUUCCUAUGAGCUAGCUCAGGCCCAGAUUUAGUAUAUACACUGCACACUGAUCCACAAUACAUUACAAACACACAUUAUCAGCCUUUUACUCUAUACACAUAUAUAUGGUUCAGGUUAGCAUUUAGAAAACGCUAACCAUUUCAUACCCCUAGUGAGUUUCGCGAUUUAGACCAUUAAAUUAACCGAAGUUUGAGUGCUUUUCUGUGUGCUGUAGUUUUGAAUUGUUCGGUGGAGUACUUGCAGUUGAAACAGGGAGUUGAGUUGCAGGGGAAAUCAUGGUGUUUCUUGUUUUCUUUCAAUCUUGGUUUUAUACUUUUGUAUAGUUUUGCCUUUCUGCCUUGAUGUGCAUUUGUUUCUCUCAACUUAUUAAGCUUUCCCAUGAGAGGAAUUGGUGUUAGACGAUGCAUCUUCUACAAUUUACAAUUGUGCUACUUAGUUCAACUCAAUAUAUAGUGUGAUGCAAUGAUGAACUGUGUUUCAGCACAUGAAACUGUAGUCAUCAUGACUUAUGAGGAGAUAAAUAUUCUUGUACUCCUAUUCGGGGAUUUUUUCUAGAAAUAUCAUCAUUAAAAAAAUUAUAAAAAUAUCAUCCAACCCUGAAAAAUUCCAUAAAUAUCAUCAUUCUCUGAAAACCGCCACAUAGGAAAGCCGUUUGUUGAUGAACCGCUUGUUACACAAACGGUUUGUAUUUUCAACAAAAACGCGUCAUUCAGGGGCGGUUCCAUGGCUUCCUAAGACAAAGACCGCUCUUUAAGGCUGUGGUUCUUUGUUGGCAAUGGAAACCGCCUGGUGGGGCCGCGGUUUGUAUGUAGUACCCAUCUCCCUGACAGCCGACAUGUCAGCAUGCAGGGGGGUUGCAGGCGUGGGGCUGCAUGGCAGAUGAAAACCGCACCCUCACCUAGGGGUUUUCAGUGGUCAUUUUGCCUAUAAAAGGCAGCCCCGGAAACCUCAGCUCUUCACCCCUUUUCUUAUUCUUCUUCAAAUUUAUGUUGUGCGCCCUGCUGUUUUUGAGUUUUUGCGAUUAACGUUACUUCGUAAGUUUAUUUUGUAUUACUUUUUAUUGUGAUUUGUGAUUUUUAUGGUAUUAAUUUAGUUACGAUUUUAUUGCAGAUGAUAUUCCAAAUGUUCACGCUUGGGUUACAGUGGAAAAGUUAUACGGAAGAGAUCGAAAAGAGGGAACGUUACGUCAGUGAUAAUUUUCAUAAAGUGAAGGUCACUACGAGACCGAAAAUUGAAGAGCUCCGUCAAAUGUGUAACGAGGUUACUUGCAUGGAUGGCACGAGAAGAGUUGAUCGUAUAGUGUAUCGAUAUCCAAACAGACAAGGCAGGUCGUUGUGGCAUGAGGAAUUCAUCAUAACCACUUAGGAGGAAGUAGAUGUCAUGAUCGAAUUUUUGAUUGCCAAUAACACUAAACAAACCCAACGGUUUCCUUUUCCCAACACACAAAAUGCGCCUUUAAAGAGCGGUUAUCACGUCCAGAUGCUGAUCAGUGAGCUGGCAGGCGGUCUCCCGUCAGAUUGCGCCCUUAUCCAACGGUUCCGGCGACCACCGUGUGGAGGCGCGGUUUAUCGGCUGCCCUAAUGGAAACCGCACCUUCCGCAUGCGGUUCUCCUUUGAACCGCCCCUUCCCCAUAUGGUUUUCCAAGAAUGGUGGUAUUUAUGGAAUUUUUACGGGUUCGAUGGUAUUUUCGUAAUUUUUAAUGGUGACAUUUUUGGAAAAAUCUCCCUAUCCGGGAUGUUUCCAUUAGAAUCAAGUGGUUCAGUACGUUUAAUCCAAUCUUCUUAGCCUCACUAGUGAACCUUCUACUUUUGGGAUAUUUGGGCAUCACCGAGGCCGUCGAACGCUGUGAACAUGUUCACCGCGUCCGACGACCACAAUGAUGCCCAAACAUGUGUAGAUAGAGAAAUUUUUAUAAACCGUGUGUAUUUUGAGAAUUUUUUUUUUUUAACACGAAAAAACCCUCUACUUCUACAUAUUUUUUCCUGCACUUUCUGCAGUUGCUACAUUAUUAUGGGUGGCUUUUCAGAAGAAGAUUCUCACUCAUGACACUCUAAAAAGUAGAGGAUGGUCUCAUUCCCUAGAUGUGCGUUGUGCCUAGAAGAUGAGGAAGAUGUUAACCAUUUACUUCAUACCUUUCAAAUCAGAAAAGUAUGGUCCUCACUGACAGAUUUGUGAAGCUUGAUGGCGUUGUUGGCAUAGAUGCAGUGGCAACUUGAGAAUUUUCGAAGGAAAAGUUAUUAAGCAGCACUAGAGUCAUCUGUUACAGAAUCGAAAGCAUGAUAUCGCCGACUGGGUAACAAAGUGCAAAGAAAUUGAAUCGAGGCAUUACAUAUACUUGGAUCAAAGCAUGAAAAGAAGCCUACUACAAGCUAACUUCACAUGGUAAUACAACUGAGAGUGGAGAACCUGUACAACAAUGAUGUUGCAGCCAGCAGGGGCGUAGUCAUGAUUUUGCCGAGGGUGGGUCCAUUCGGAAAAAACAUACACACGAUAAAAUAGUUUUGUUAGUUUUUUUAAAUCAUUCAUGAUAUAAUUUAGUAUUUUAAAUUUUUUUGCUAAAUUAAUUAUAUUUCGAAACUGUCAAGAAUAUCACUCUCUAUGUAUUAAACAAUUAUUCAUGAUUUAGUUACACAUUUGCUUCUGAAAGGUGUUCUUUGUCAAGACCGUUUAGUAUCAAUAAUUCGAGUUGUUGGAAAAUAUCUAAUAAUGGAUCUUAUACUAUUUAGUAUUUACUAACACUACUCUGAUAAUGAAAACCAACUUAUAUGUGCUUAAAUUUUUUCGCAAAUUCGAAUAUCAUAUGCUUAGCAAAUGGGGUUGUCAAAAUUCAAACACACGAUCUCUUGCUCAACCAUUCUCAAUAAGAAGUUCCCUAAAUUUUAUUCUCAAUUAACUAUACAUCAUACUAAUCUACCCAAUGUCGUCAUUAGGAUUCACCAGUUAUACUCUCCAUACCCCUUAUUGGAAUAAAAUUAUUUUUAAAAGAUUGGCUAUGAUUUGGUGAAUAUGUAUUGUUGAUAUUGAAUAAGUACAUAUUUAAUUUUAGGCGGAUCAUAACUUAUAAAUCCACACCCGAUCCAAUUCGUAAAUUACAGAAGCGGGUAAAAUUUCUUCCUGGCCUAAAAUUCGGCAUAACUUAUAAAUCAUUAUAAAUUUUUUGAAUAUGCCAAUAAACAACUUAUAAAUCAUACAUCAAAUAUUUAAAAGUUCAACCACUUAUAUGUAUUAUUUUUCAUAUUUAAUUUAUCGUUUUUCCUCCCGAUCCAGGACCCACCCUCUAACCUUCUCCCUCCGGCCUGGCAGCAGUGCGUGGUUGAAACUUAUGCAGGAAUGCUGCUGCAGUAAUCAAUAUUUGGUUGAACCCAUGAUGGUGUUGAAUAUACACAUUUUAGCAUGCAUGUCCAGGAUGGAGGAGGUUGAACAGAUAAGUUUAGAGGGAGAAAUAUCACUAAAAAACACACAAACACUAACUAUCAGUAAAGUGUUAUUUAUGACACGAAUUAUUCUAAAUGACAAUAAUAUUUUGAAUUAUGGGCAUGUCUUGUGAUUUGUGUCCUUUGCUGAUUGUUAAUAUAAUCGUUCGUUCAAACGACAGUGAAUUCAUAUUUUGCUACAUUUAACGUGGCUCAACAUAAUUAUUGCGGAGUCAGCAUAUAGGAUUUUUAUACCCUAACAUCAUCUAAAUCACAGGCCAGGAGCACUGGAGUUAGAAUUUUAACUAUCUGCGGAUUAGAUUCCACUUAAUAUUAUUAUCACCAUAAAAAGCUAAAAAAUACUAAUAAGAUGACAUGUCGAUUGCCUGAUUGUGUUAUUAUAUUAUUUUUGGUUGAUUAUAUUUUUACCGUUUUUACUACAUGAAGAACAUGAUAUUUCUUUUUAAUCAAUAAGAUGGCAUGUCAAUGCCUGACUGAACUCUUCAUUGAUUACCAACAGUCAUAUAAUUAACCGAGUCUAAAUAUCAUGUUAAAAUUAUCAUAUAUCGAAUAGUUAAACGACACAAAAAUGCAACGCAGCUGAUUAGUUGUCGUUCUGUAUCCUAAACCAUAAUUCGAGAAGUUUACAGACCACAAAUGUCAGCUGCGGAAUCUUAACCCAACGAAGAUAACUUGUGGGACACGUAUAAUGAUAAUAAUCCUUGUAAAGACAAUUACGGGCAGAGAGCCCAGUUGGUUGGCUGACAUUUCUUCUUCAGGAAACGUGAGCACCAAUCAAUAAAUGGCCAAAUAAAUAAAUUAAUUAAUUAAUAAGUGGGAAAGAAAGUGAAAGGCAAUUAGGGACACUUGGGCUGUUAUGAGUGGGCUAAAAUAUGAGUGUUGGUUACUUAAUUGGAUAAGCAUGGGGAAUCACUGGUCGUCGAAGAAUCUCUAAAAUCGUUCCAAAAUUAUUAAUUUAUUGAUAAGCUGCCAAGCUUAUAACACUAUAUCAGCAGGCUUAAAAUAAGUACGAUGGAUAUCCACGGAUUAACAAAGAAGAAGAAGAAGAGAUGCGUAUAAAAGGACGGGAAAAUGGCGAGGAAUUCUUAAUUUCUUAAUUUUUCGUUGAUAAAUUUUUACUACAAAAUUCAUAAAGUACUAACUACAAGAUUGUUCAGACAUAUCAUAAAAUUUUUACCAAACUAAACCACAAAUUCCUGCGAAUAUACUAGAUACCUUAUA